AUGAAAAAAAUUAACUCCAUGAUGCAACGUUUGGUUGAUCAUGUCCUCGUCGUCACUAAAGAGUCAGUGAAAGCUGUUACUUGUGAGUCAUUGAACAAUAUUGUUAGGAUAAUCAAUGGAGUAUCUGCACUUUUGUUGGCAUUACUUCCUGGAAAUGCGAAAAUACUUGAAGGUAUUCAUGGUUGGGAACUCCGACCGACUUUCCGAGGACCACGGUUUCCGCGUUGGAUGGAGAAUGGCGCGUCCUCUUUCAACCAAUUCAUCCAUGAACUUUCCAUGGAUUCGGAUAACUCAAGCCUUGAAUACUCGUCUUCCGGAGAAGAAGAUAGUGAUAGAUAUGAAUGCCCUCCGUCUCCGGCAUCUCAUAGUUCUAGAGCUUCUGAAGCUGCUUUUGCUAGAAACAGUAGACAUCAGAUGAACUGGAUCCAAUAUAUCUUACUUUGGAUUUUACUUCCUGUAAAAUUCUUGCUGAGGAUUCCGUUUCGACUUCUCCAUUUAGCUUAUUUUGUGGUGUUAAAAGCGCUACAUAUCUCUAGAGAGAAACGCCCUUCACAUUUACAUGCAUAUAGGAGAGUGCAAAGCAUCAAGGAUCAAUUUAUCCACCGUGCUACUGAUAGGAGACGGGGCAUUGUAGAGGAUCUUCAUCUCGGCAUAGAGAUAUGUAUAGAAACUGUCUUCGAUUUUGUUCGCAAAGGAGCACAUCUUCUUCUAUCUCCGACAAAAGUUUUAGGUGCAUUAUUUAGGUUGUUUUUGUCUCACAAAAGUGGCAAUGACGAAACUCGCACUUCUGCUGAGGAUGCAUCGACUUCUACAUCCACGCUAGGGGACGGAGACCCUGCAUCUUCUGAGAGGAAAAUCAACUAUCAGUCUUUGAAUACAGAAGCCCGGACAUGUCAGGAUGUCAUAACAGAUCUCGGGUAUCCAUACGAAGCUAUUCACGUGAUUACUGCUGACGGCUAUAUUCUUCUUUUGGAAAGAAUACCUAGGCGAGAUGCUAAAAAAGCUGUUUUUCUUCAGCAUGGUGUUUUUGAUUCAUCAAUGGGUUGGGUAUCGAAUGGUGUUGUUGGAUCUCCAGCUUUUGCGGCGUAUGAUCAAGGGUAUGAUGUAUUUCUUGGAAACUUUCGCGGUUUGGUUUCGAGAGAACAUGUCAACAAGAACAUAUCAUCGCGCCAAUAUUGGCAGUACUCGGUCAACGAGCACGCGACGGAGGAUAUUCCUGCUAUGAUAGAGAAAAUCAAUGAAGUGAAAACUGCUGAAUUAAAGCUUAGUAAACCUGAUAUCGAGGAGGAAACCGAUGACGAUCAGCUUUACAAGCUUUGUGCAAUUUCUCAUAGUUUAGGAGGAGCUGCUAUGAUAAUGUAUAUUGUUACGCGAAGGACAGAAGAGAAGCCACAUAGGCUUUCAAGAUUGAUUUUACUAUCUCCGGCCGGUUUUCACGAUGAUUCUAACAUAGUUUUUUCUAUGGCAGAGAUUCUAUUAACUAUUGCCGCUCCCGUUUUGUCUCAUGUUGUGCCUGCGUUUUAUAUACCUACACGAUUUUUUCGCAUGCUUGUCUUUAAGUUAGCUCGGGAUCUUCAUAAUCUACCUGCAGUUGGAGGACUGGUUCAAACCUUAAUGAGUUAUGUUGUUGGUGGAGAUAGCUCAAAUUGGGUCGGAGUUUUAGGACUACCGCACUACAACAUGAACGACAUGCCAGGAGUGUCUUUUCGAGUUGCACUCCAUCUUGCACAGAUUAAACGUGUUGGAAGGUUUAGAAUGUUCGAUUACGGGAGUGCCUCUGCCAAUAGACAAGCGUACGGUUCGCCUGAGCCUUUGGACUUAGGUAAACACUAUGGACUCAUAGACAUUCCUGUUGAUCUUGUUGCUGGACAUAAAGACAAAGUUAUAAGACCUUCAAUGGUAAAGAGACACUAUAGAUUAAUGAAAAGUGCCGGUGUAAAUGUUUCUUAUAACGAAUUUGAAUAUGCGCAUUUGGACUUCACGUUCUCGCACCGGGAAGAACUCUUGUCAUAUGUUAUGUCGCGUAUGUUGCUCGUUGAUCCGAACUCAAAGCAUCAAGUGAAUCAAAGGAUUGCGAAACCGGAGUGA